CUGAUUUCCGGUUUGGAAAAUUAUUUUAACAGACAGACUCAGUUGCCUUUCCUGAAUAUGGCAUUUACAAUAAGAUAAUAAUAAUAAUGACAACACAUAAUUGAUGCAAUGGCAUUGCGGAAAGAAGUACUUUCACUAUAUCGCAGAAUAUUCCGCUUAGCAAGAACAUGGACUGCCCAGAAUCCAGAUGAAACGUGGCAAGAACAAGAAUACAUCAAAGAUGAAGCAAGGAGACUCUUCAGAAAAAACAAAAAUGUGACAAAUGAAGCAGAUAUUCAGGACUUCUUAAAGGAGGGUGAAGCGAGGGUUGAAAUAGCUCUACAUUACCAGAACCCAUACCCAAGACCUGUAUAUGCCCCACCUAAUGUGCUGAUUCCAAGCGAGAGAAAGUCAACACUUAGAGGAACGCAAAGACGUUUGAAACAAUCUAAACCAAUUUAUGUCAAAUCAUAUGACGAAAAACAGCUAGGAAGUAAGAAAGAGGACAC